AUACACAGAGCAAUGGUUAUUUUCACAUAUCAUACAGGUGCACCUCUACUAUGUUUAUUACGGUAGGAGAAGCGGCCCGAGGCUCCUCUUUCAGAGUCAGUACGGUAAACAACAGCCGCAGUCAUUCACUUGUGUUUAUCCCUUAGCUCUGCUGCGCCUCUGCUCGACACUGCUCAGACUGAUUUCACCUCAUUAACUGGUGCCAAACUUGGUGUUUACUCCUCCGACUGCCAGCCCACAGCUCCUCUGCGUAAAGGUGAAAUCUGGAGGAGGACUCAAAAGGAGGCUGCAGGGCCUGAUUCUGGUUCGGGACAGCAAUCAGAUUUUAUACGGAAUUACUUGCCGAGCUGAAUCUAUAGAAGUCUGGGUUCAUGCCGGAUUUCGAGCACUUCAGAUUUUCCUACUCGAGUAUGAAUCCGGUCCUGGGGGAGAGUGGCUUUUUGGCACCGCAGCAGCACCACCACCAGAUGACAGGCCAGACCGACUCCGCCGUCCCGGAGCCUGGUUACUUCCUUGGGGACCACACCGGGUUUGGGCCUGAUGGUUUUUCUGGGCUGGACCUAGGCGCCCUGCCACCUUCAGGGCUCGCCUACCUGCACCUGAGCAGCCCUCUGCACCGCGUGCCCCCGGCGGCCACUGCGCUGCGCAACGACCUGGGAUCCAACAUCAGUGUGCUGAAGACCCUGAAUCUGCGCUUCCGCUGCUUUCUGGCCAAAGUGCAUGAGCUGGAACGCAGGAACAAGGUGCUGGAGAAGCAGCUGCAGCAAGCUCUGGAGAAUAACAGCGGAGGUGAUGGACACCAGAAACCACUAACCAAAGAGAUGGGGGUCCAGACUGGAUUUAUUGGGCCCAUCCCAGCCAGACCAGGCUUCAUCCCGCUCCACAAUGCCAACAACUCAGCCUACCUGCCCGGUGGCCUCCUCUCUCCAACUCUGAACCCUCCUCCUCUCUUUGACAACAAAUACCUGCUGGGAAACAAUCUCAACCCGAUCACAGUCUCCACAGAUUCAAACUCCAACCUCACCACGUCUGGAUUCUCAGUCAGCCCGGCUCUGAGUCCCAUCGACCCGUCCAAAGCCAUCACCAACAUCAACGAGAAAUACGCUGCUCACACCGGGACAAACACCAACAGCGCCCCCCCUCCUCCACCACGUUUCCUCCCCGGAACAAUCUGGUCCUUCAACCACACCCGCCGGUUUGGCACCGGGAGGGAGCCGUGCGUCACCGGGCCAGGGGUCUCCUGGACUCACCCGGACGGCGUCGGGGUCCAGAUCGACACCAUUACACCAGAGAUCCGGGCCCUGUACAACGUGCUGGCCAAGGUGAAGAGAGAAAGAGACGAGUACAAGCGAAGAUGGGAGGAGGAGUACACAGCCAGAGUGGACCUGCAGGAGAAGGUGGCAGAACUGGAGGAGGACCUGCAGGAGAGUGAGGUGUGUCAGGAUGAGUUGGCUCUUCGGGUGAAGCAGCUGAAGGCUGAGCUCGUUCUCUUUAAAGGACUCGUCAGCAACAACCUGUCAGAUCUGGACAGUAAGAUCCAGGAAAAGGCCAUGAAGGUGGACAUGGAUAUCUGCCGCCGCAUCGACAUCACCGCCCGCCUCUGUGACGUCGCCCAGCAGAGGAACUGCGAGGACAUGAUUCACAUCUUCCAGCAGGUGGCCACGCCCCCCUCCACCCUGAACCGCCGGGCCAGGAAACAGAGUGGCCAGUCGGCCAAGGGCGGUGAUGGAGAUGAACUGAGCAUGUCAGAGAGCGAGGGAGGCGGGGGUAGAGACGAGGACCUGUGCAGCACAUCGGCCAAUCAGAUCAACGAGCAGAUGCAGAAGAUGCUGAAUCAGCUAAGAGAGUGUGAGUUUGAGGAUGACUGUGACAGUCUGGCCUGGGAGGAAACUGAAGAAACUCUUUUACUGUGGGAAGAUUUUUCUGGCUACACACUGGGAGCUGAAACACAGGGAGAGCUGCAGCAGCAGGAGGAGUCCAUCGAGAAAGUGAUUAAAGACACGGAGUCUCUGUUCAAAUCCAGAGAGAAGGAAUACCAGGACACCAUCGACCAGAUAGAGCUGGAACUGGCCACAGCGAAGAGCGACAUGAACCGUCACCUGCACGAGUACAUGGAGAUGUGUUCGAUGAAAAGAGGGCUGGACGUCCAGAUGGAGACCUGCAGGAGACUCAUCACACAGAGCGGAGACAGGAAGUCCACCUCUCUCAUCACACUGACGGUGGACGACACCGACAGCGAGGAGAAGGAGAGGAAGAAGCCGGCUCUACCUGCCGACUCUGAGAGCAGCGAUUCUUACUGCGACGUCAACGCCGCCAUCCCUCCUCUGACCUGGAGGAAACCCUAACUCCCGCUGCUGGUACUCUGAGAUAAUGUCACACUCAUGCUCUUCUCUUCCUCUAGUGCCGUCUGUCUAUUCACCUGAAGCAGAAAUUAGUUUAAGAUCAGCAGAUUUAAAAGUGUCGGCAGGAAACUUUCACCUUCGUCUUUACACAAACACAGAUUUGCUUACAUGACUUAUAAAAAACAAAGAGACAUUCACUGAUUUUACUUCUAUUUUCCUGUGUAAUAAGACGAACAGCAUGUUUUUUUAGUUUGCACACUGAUCUUGCUGUUUAGUGCAGGAGCCAAUUAUUUGCACAAUUUCUGCAAUAAUUCCUUUCAACUGAGAGGAAGCAAUGCACAAAGAAAUAGUCUGCACAUUUUUCAUUAUCAAUGUUUAGAGCUAUUAUAUAAACUUUUUGUUAACUUAUUUCCCCCUAUUAUAAUUAAAUCUUUGGUUUUAUUCUGUAUUUCUGUCUUACUUGAACUCCUGUGUAGAGGUACAGUAGAAGCUCUACCCCUGUUGCCUGAGCCUAUACUACAGUAACUACAAGAUGAAAAGAAAUCUCCACUUAUCAAAGCCCAGCUUGCCUUAAACAGAUCAGAUAUCAGAUAGUUGAGAAAUAUGACACCUUCUCUGACCAAAAGGUUAAAUGUAUGUUUAGCAUGUUUCUUAUUUGGAUAAAUGUCCUGAAAAAAAUAAUUUUCACAGUAAACAAAAGAAACUGCAUUAUAACAUCAUUCAUUCACCAAAAUUAAGUGAAAAACUCCACCUCUGAUUGUUUAAUCUGAAUUUAGUAGGGAUUAUUUUGGUGUCCAUCCAAACAUUUGCACUAUGGAAAUCUGGACUGUUAAUAUCUUUUAGUUAACACAGGCUGAGUUCGACCCAACACUGAGACUGUCCACAGAUAAUUUAACAUCCUGUGACAGAGAGAAGAGUUGGCGGGACAAUGUUUCCUCAGAUCUGUACCACAAACUGUUGGCUUGUAAAUACAGUCUGUAAAAGUAAAGGCUAUCUUUUUUUUUUAGCUUUUUCUUAGUAAAAAUUAGUCAGGAAAAAUUUUAGUUUUGAUGAAUUUUUCCUGUCAAUUUAUAGAGAAGGUGUCACAUUUUUAGAUACAGCGUCAAUAAAAGCCAACGUCCAUGUUAAGAGCAAUCAGUUUAUCAAUCAACUACCCAUAACCCUCAAAGUCCCAUGCAACCCUACGCAGUUAUUGUGUCAAAGAAAAAAAACACAGUACAUGUGACAGAUUUGUUGGAAGGAUUUGUCUGUGAUUUUGAGAAAUUUACAAACAUUUUCUUUCUUUAACAAAAUCGAAAACUUAUUUUAAGGAAACUUUGUCCUCAAAUGUACAGUUUGUAAAGGCUAAAUACUGUAUGUAAUGUACAUAAUAAGGCUGUACAUAGAGCUGAACCAAUAAUGCUGUAAGCUUCAUGUUCUUAUGAUGUAAAUUUAGCUGAGGGUUUGUGCAAUUUAAGAUUUUAUUUACACCAUUAUUUUGGUUUUAGCUUUGCUAUUGACUGAAUUAUUAGCAGUAUCAUAGCAGCAGAGCUGGCAUUAGUGACGCUUUUCUUUAUUCAAUUGUUUCAGAUCCAACACACCUCCAGAAAUGAUUCGAGCUAAAGGGAGUUUAUGUUUUCAUUUUCUGAUUGAGGACUUGUACACGUUGUUGGUGAGGGAACGAAGCCUUUUUGCAGGUGUGUUUGAGCAGAAACAUACAAAAAGCCGAAAAACAAUCAUUUUAAACAUCUGUGCCAGUUUUUCCGCCUCUGUUUCUGUUUUACAGUUCACCUCUUCAAACACUGUCACAUCACUGAUCAAAUGAAUGUCUGCUUAUUCAGUAACCUGCCAUGUUCACCACAGAAAACACAGAUCCAUUAAAGGAACACUUUCAGUUUUAGUCCUCAGGUUUUCUUCUCUUAACAUAUUCAAUCAAGACGACCGAAAAAAUUUAAUAAAUAAAACUUAAAAUGCUUGUUUCCAUGUACUAUUAUGUUACAGAUGGUUACCAGUGAAGAAACCCAAGGACUAAAAUUCAAAAUGUUGUUCCUUUAAUGUCAAAGAGAAUCAGAGCAACAGCAAGUCUGCAAUAUACUUUAAAACAAAACAGGCAAACGUCACUCACCUCAUGAAACUGUACAGAUGCUGCUUUAGCUGAACUGCCAGGAUCUGUGUAGCUGCAGGAUGUAAAUAGCAUCUAUGGAAAGAGCAGAAAACAAAGUGUGAAAGAGUUAAAGACCUCCUGAAACAGAAAUUAGAGCUCAUGAACAGAUGAGAGUGUGUCUCAGAUGAACAGGAUAAGAUACGCAAGCUGCACAACAGGAGCAAAAUAAACCAGCUGAUGCUCAUUAGCCUGAAACUGUGAGACGAGUUCAGUCUCUGCCAGCGUGUCCUUGAGCAUGGCACGAAACCUGGUUGUCUCUGUACCAACUAAAUGCAUGAAUGAGACACAGGACUGAUGAGAAACGCUGAGUCCGGGCUCUGUGGGAGUGAUUUAAUGAGCCUGAGUCAGACUCUCCAUGUCUCCACAAGGAAAACAAGACAUUUCAGUUUUCAAGGGGUCUUUAACUGUCAGACUGUGCAGAGCUGUGUGUCUGAUCAGUUUACUGAGUCAACAGUUCCA